AUGGAACCACCAAUCAAUCCAUCAACAUUAACAGCAGAUGAAGAUGAAAGUAUCUAUGGAGAUGAUAUGAUUGAAGAGAUUGAAGACGAUGAUGAAGAGAUGUUUGAAGACGAUGACGAUGAAGAGUUUGCUAUUGAAGAAGGAUACGUUCCUCAUCCAUAUGGUGUUAAACCACAAGGAAACUAUUAUUUCGAUUCUUUUAAAGAUGAUUUUACAAAUACAAGAUAUAAUGGAUUAGGAUUAUUUAGUGGAUUUGAAGAUCAUAUGAUAUUAGAUUGGAUGGAUUUAUUGACACCAAAAGAAUUGUCUGUGAUGGCACAGGUUAGCAAAGCAUUCUAUCUUUUUGUACAGGAAGAAGAGCAAUGGAAGUUGUUGACUAUUCGUGACUUUGCUAAAACAUUUAAAUAUAGUCAUUCUUGGCAAUACACUUAUAAAUGUGCUGCUACUGCUGGUAAUGUAGAUGGAAAGACAAUUGUCGUGCCAAGUCCACUUAAAGUAGAGUAUUUCUACUCUGACUAUUUAUUCCAUAUUUGGCGUUGUUCAUCGAUUGAUGUAGAGCGUUGGGUUGAAGGAGAAACCAUUGACCGUCGUUCCAAUAUGACUAUCGGCCAAUUUAGACAAGAAUAUCUUAUUCCAAACAAACCGGUGAUUCUUACCGACGCUAUGGACGCUUGGAAGGCAAAGGAAUGGACACGAGAGUCAUUGGCCGAGUUUAGCGGUGACACACCAUUCUAUAUCAACUCGGGUGUGUUUAUGACAAUGAAAGAGUACUUUGCAUACGCUGCACAGACUACUGAAGAGAAUCCAAUGUAUCUAUUCGACCAUUACUAUGGAGAGAAUAGACCAGAGAUGUUGGACAUGUACUCUCAGGAAAAGUACUUUGACGAGGACUUUUUCAAUGUGCUUGGUGAUAAGCGUCCGAGUUAUCGUUGGUUGUUGGCCGGUCCCAAGCGAUCAGGUGCCACCUUUCACAAGGACCCCAAUCACACGAGUGCGUGGAAUGGUGUCAUCACGGGCCGCAAAAAGUGGGUCAUGUAUCCACCCCAUGUCGUGCCACCCGGCGUACACCCCUCUGACGACGGUCUAGAGGUCACCACCCCUCACUCGAUUGUCGAGUGGUUCAUCAACUAUUACGACACUGACGUUAAAAGCGUGUUGAAUCAAGAUAAAAAGGAUCGUCGUCAACAACAACAACAACAACUUCUAAGUAUCAACGGUCCAAACAAAAAGGUUGAAAGAUUAAACAAAAACUCUAAAAAGAAUAGAAUUGGAGGUGGCAGUAAUAGAGUUGGUCCUCAACAAAAAUCAAAACAACAACAACAAACAGAGUCAACGACAACAAUAGAUGGAUCAGAUUAUAAACCAUUAGAGUGUAUAUUAAAUCCAGGUGAAUUAAUAUUUGUACCAUGUGGAUGGUGGCAUUGUGUAUUAAACAUGGAGGAAUCGAUUGCCAUUACACACAACUUUAUCAAUUCAAACAAUAUUCUCAAGGUCAUUGACUUUAUGGCCACUAAAAAGAGCAAGGAUCUUCACAACACAUUUAUUCAAAAGUUUGAAGAUGCUCAUCCUGGCAAAUUACAACAAAUUAAAAAUGAACAAAUAGAAAGAGAAUUGAAAAAGAAAAAGGUUUCAAUUUGGGAUAAAAUUGAUCCAAAUAAUAAUAAUGAUAUUGAAAAGGAAUCAAAAAUUGAAAAUAAUAAUAAUAAUAAUAAUAAUAGUAAUAGUGAUACUACAACUACACCAACACCAAAGAAAACAGGUGGAUUUUCAUUUAAUUUCUCUAUUUCAAGUGAUUAG